GACCGAGCAAGAUGGUUAGAAUACCGCUGCUCCUGCUGGCUGGCGUGCUGCUGCUCUGCUGCGGCUGUGGCCAGGCCCAUCGGGAACUGGAGAGUCUCCUGCAGAAGCAACUGGUGGACUUGCAGUUGUCCAGCGAUGAGAUGAAGGCACUGCGUCCGCUCUACCGGGAGUUGCAGUCCCAGUACGAUUACCUGUACAGCCUGAAACUCCAGCAGGGCGAUGGUAGCGCCCAAAAUGAGAUCAAGGAGCCGGAAUUGGAUGGCAGCUACCUUCAGGUCUUCGAUGACUUCCGCCGGGAGUUUUCCAUUUACUUGGACGAGAAACCGAGAGUCGUUUACGACACCAAACUGCCCACCGUGGAGGAGAUAAUGGGUGCACCUAGUCCGGACUUUACGCCGGAUCAGAGGGCGGAGUUUGAGGACCUCAGGGAUAUAGUGCAGGAUGUGAUUGACGAGGCUCAGUUCGGCAUCGAUGAUCUGGUGGCGCGAGCCAUUACGCUGGAGACCAAUCUGCUGAAGCUCAACAAGCCCAAGAUCGUGACGGCUGCCAUUGCCGGACUGGGAUUCAUGUGGAACUACUGGGGUCGUGGCAGUCAGGCGGCCUAUUGCAGCUACUCCAUGGUUCCCGAGUUCCGGGUGGCCCUGCAGGCCAUCAACGACGGCGUUGACUGCUACUCUCACACCAUGGCCCUGAUCCUGAGGAUACAGGAUGAGACGAUGGCCGCCGUCAAGGAGGUGAAACGCAACGUGGGCGGCCUGGUGAAGAUCUACAAGAAGAUCGCCGCCAAGCAGACCACCGUGGGCAAGAUUCUCUCGGGAACGGUGAAUGCUCUGAGUGCUAUCCGGAGGGUCCACGACAUCAUAGCCGUGGGCAUCGAUGUGUACGGGAAGAUCAACUCUCAGCUGCCGGCAGAGGCUCAGCAUUCCGUGGAGUGCGGCGUGAUGUUCGUCAACAGCGUCCCACAGAUGGUGGAAUCGCUCCAGAACCUCACCACCUGCAUAACCUAUGUGGAUCCGGAGACGGUGACUUACGAGUUUACAUAUCCGGAGGAUGAUCGCUACUGGAACACCGGCGGAGAACCUCCGGAAAUACCACACGAAAACGAUGUGGACGAGGACGAUGACGAUUAUGUGGACAACGAGGAGUUGGACGACGACUAUGUGGAACACAGAUAAGCCGGCAUGGAAUUUCCACAGCUUAUCGGAAUAAUCUAUAUCGCGAUACUACUUGACUUGGCUACGGAUUAAAUGUACAUAUAUAGCUUAUACAAUCCUUAAUCAAUGUGAUUAAAAUACAGUUUUAAAGAGAAAA